AUGUUUGUAACAAUACAUGUUAAAAAGAAAAAUUUCUACCCAAAUACACCGAAAAUAUCUAUCUAUCUAUCUAUCUAUCUAUCUAUGUCACUCUGUUCAUAUCUAUUUCAGACUGUUCAUCUCUGUUCUAUCUAUCUAUCUAUCUAUCUAUCUAUCUCACUCUGUUCAUAUCUAUUUCUAUCUAUCUAUCUAUCUAUCUAUCUAUCUAUCUCACUCUGUUCAUAUCUAUUUAAGACUGUUGGCUAUCUAUCUAUCUAUCUAUCUAUCUAUCUAUCUAUCUAUCUGUGUCACUUAAUUAUCUAUCUAUCUAUCUAUCUAUCUGAGGCACUUAUCUAUCUAUCUAUCUAUCUAUCUAUCUAUCUAUCUAUCUAUCUAUGUUCAUAUCUAUUCAAGACUGUUGGUUAUCUAUCUAUCUAUCUAUCUAUCUAUCUAUCUAUCUAUCUAUCUAUAUGCGCGCGCGCGCGCCUUGGAAAGGACUUCAAGCAGUUGGAGACAAUUCGGCUCCGUUUAGCUCACCGUCGGGUCAGACUGUCGCGUAUCACGUCGGGGACAGGAUCUUUUGUCAACCGCUGCAGGAACACCCACAUUGCGCAACUCAGUGUCAAUCCACCAUCCCUGAACCUGGACACCCACGCUCGUACCCAGGCCCACCCGUUUAUGUACCCUGGCGCCAAGACUAUGACUGAAGCUGUCUGUACACAUUUUGGUUGUACGAAUCGACGCACGGUCUUAUUUUCUUCGAAUUUAGAAGGUUCGUUGGCGGCCAUGUUUCUUUGUGGAUUAUUUCUCUUUUCCCUUUCUUUCCCCUUAUACAAGCAACGUUUGUACAUUUUCUUUCUUUCUUUAUUUAUUUCUUUCUUUCUUUCACGUCUUUUUUUUACUUUCUUGUUAAAAUCUCUUAAUUCUCUUUCUUUCAUUCUUUUUGUAUUUCUCUCUUUCUUUCAAUUCUUUUCUUUUCUUCUUUCAUUUUUCUUACUUUCACGUCUUUUUCUUCUUCUCAACCUUUCUUUCUUUCUUUCUUUCUUUCUUUCUUUCUUUCUUUCUUUCAUAAACCCUCGCGUAUCCCUUUUCUUAUCAUUACCUAUGUCUUUUUACUUCCCAUUCAAAAAUCCUCUGCUAAAAAUGCCACCCCCCGCCCGUUCUCCUUUCUCACUUCUCAGCCAACUAAUCACGUUACAAACACUUGGAACUAUUUUUAUUGCUGCUAAUAUUCUAUCUAUCUAUCUAUCUAUCUAUCUAUCUAUCUAUCUUAGUAAUAUCUAUCUAUCUAUCUAUCUCACCUGUUCAUUAUCUAUCUAUCUAUCUAUCUAUCUAUCUAUCUCAUUUCUAUCUAUCUAUCUAUCUAUCUAUCUAUCUAUCUAUCUAUCUCAAGAGAGACCUAAGAAUAUAUUAUCUAUCUAUCUAUCUAUCUAUCUAUCUAUCUAUCUAUCUAUCUAUCUAUCUCGACCUCUUCAUAUCUAUCUAUCUAUCUUCAUAAUCUCAAUCAAAAAUAAUGUCGUUUACCUAUCUAAAUCAAAAUUGUUGAUGUCGUUUAUCUAUCUAUCUAUCUAUCUAUCUAUCUAUCUAUCUAUCUAUCUAUCUAUCUAUCUCAGUUUGCUGAUAUCUAUCUAUCUAUCUAUCUAUCUCAGUUUGCUGAUAUCUAUCUAUCUAUCUAUCUAUCUAUCUAUCUAUCUAUCUCAGUUUGUUGAUAUCUAUCUAUCUAUCUAUCUAUCUCAGUUUGCUGAUAUCUAUCUAUCUAUCUAUCUAUCUAUAUAUAUCUAUCUCAGUUUGCUGAUAUCUAUCUAUCUAUCUAUCUAUCUAUCUAUCUCAUUUGCUGAUAUCUAUCUAUCUAUCUAUCUAUCUAUCUAUCUAUCUAUCUAUCUAUCUCAUGUGCUGAUAUCUAUCUAUCUAUCUAUCUAUCUAUCUAUCUAUCUAAGUUUGCUGAUAUCUAUCUCAAUUUGCUCAUAUUUAUCUCAGUUUGCUUAUAUCUAUCUCAUUUGCUAUCUAUCUCAGUUUGCUGAUAUCUAUCUAUCUAUCUAUCAAUAUAUAUAUAUAUAUAUAUAUCAGUUUUCUGAUAUCUAUCUAUCUUUCUAUCUAUCUCAGUUUGCUCAUAUAUAUCUAUCUCAAUCAAAAAUGAUGUUUAUCUAUCUCAAUAAAAAUUGUUGGUGUCGUUUCUUUAUCUAUCUAUCUAUCUAUCUAUCUAUCUAUCUAUCUAUCUAUCUGUUCAGCGUACCCGAAUAUGCGAAACCCUUAUUUGAGGAUGGAUCAAACAAUGAUAUUACCCGAAAUCAAAUCGCAUCUAUCUAUCUAUCUAUCUAUCUAUCUAUCUAUCUAUCUAUGUUUGCUGAUACCUGUCUAUCUCAAUUUGCUGAUAUCUAUCUAUCUAUCUAUCUAUCUAUCUAUCUAUCUAUCUAUCUAUCUAUCUAUCUCAGUCUGUUAGUAUCUAUCUAUCUAUCUAUCUAUCUAUCUAUCUAUCUAUCUAUCUCAAUCUUCUGUUCGUAUCUAUCUAUCUAUCUAUCUAUCUAUCUUAGUCUGUUCGUAUCUAUCUAUCUAUCUAUCUAUCUAUCUAUCUAUCUAUCUAUCUAUCUCAGUCUGUUAUCUAUCUAUCUAUCUAUCUAUCUAUCUAUCUAUCUAUCUAUCUAUCUAUCUAUCAGAAUGCCUAGCAGGAAUUCACCCCAGAAAAAAGACAUCCAUAAAAAUCGUGACGUCGUUCAUGUGUCAAAGUGUCUCCUUCAUCUCUAG